CCGCGAUGCAAGAUCGCAACAGUUCGAUUUUUGAGAUGCAAACCACGUACCCGCCGCUGCUGCCGACGACGUACGGGACGUCGGGCGGCCCGCCGAUGGCUGCGACGUGGCGGCUCUCGCACCUCCUCCUCCUCGUGAACGUCAUUGGCUUCCUCUCGAUGGUACUGCUGGGCCUCGCGCUCUUCCCACGGGCGUCGCCGCCCGAGCCGCACCGUAGCAGCGAGCUCGGUAUUCCCUUGGCCCUUCUGCCGCCCAAGUGGGCGGCUGCAGACGUGACGCCGUACAAGAGCCAGAUGGGCCGCGGGACGUGCUGGGACUUUGCCUCAAUCGGGUACCUCGAAUGGUCGUACCGGGCCGAGGGCCAUCGCCGCGGGUGGCUGGCGCCCACCGAGUACGUUGCCUUCUCCGAGCAAGCGUACGGCAUCUCUGUCAUGCGUCUCUGCGACGGCCCCGCGAAUUCGCCGCAGCAGAAGAACUGCCGCAUCGCGGGCGACCAGGUGUGGAACCACUCGACCGAAGGCGGCGAAGUUGUGAACCUCUACUACCUCGAGAACGGUCUCCGGCGCCAAGUCCUGCCGCACAGCGUGUGCCCGUACACGGUCCUCCCGGGCAACGACAGCGCCUGUCCUGGCUUCAACGAGUCGCUCGCUCACAACCCGCUGCGCUUUCGCGUCAAGGCGGUCCAUUCGUUCUACGACGACCUCAGCAUCAAGAAGCGGCUCGCGUCAACGCAAAAGGUGCUCGCGUUCUCGACGCCGAUCGUGUCGGUGCCGCACUUCCUCCCGAGCACCGGGCCGACCUGCGCACCGUGUCCGCGGUCGCUCUGGCCGCACGUCUGCUGCGUCCGCUCGAACGACACGCUCAAGAACAGCGGGCUCAACAUGCAAGGCGAGUUCUACCACGCGCCUGAGAUGACCUUCUCGGGCGGCCACGCCAUGCUGGCGGUCGGCUACAACGACGCCUUCAUGACGCAGGAGGGCCACACGGGUGGUUUUAUUCUCAAAACUCGUGGGCCGAUAGCCCGACGCGCAACUCGCACUCGAUCGCGUACUUUUCGCAGACCAUUUCGUACGACGACGAGCUCAGCGUGUGCCCCAACAGCUACAAUCCGCUCAACUGGCUCACGUGCCAAAGCCUCGACGAGUGUCUGGCCCUUGACGGCAGCGAGAGCCUUCGCCCGCUGGAACUCCGCCACGCGAAUCGAUCCACGACCCAGUACCUCAAGAACGUGACGCUCGGCGGGGACGCGAUGGCGACGCUUUGUCUCUGGGACCACGACAACGUGACGCAGGUCGGGACGGACUGGUGCUUGCCGCCCAUGCAGCUGACCACCGUCACGACGCUUAUCGCGCCAUGGCACGUGCGACCUAAUGACCCGGCGCAGUGCGGCUUCUACUUUAUGCCGUACGAGACGCUUCGGCAGUACCAAGCCAAGUUCCACAGCAUCAAGGCGUUUGAUUUUGACGUCGAGUGGCAUCCGCAGUCGUUCGCAGCCAACGCCGCAGCGUACCCGACCCUCGACUACGCGGCCGUACUGGCGUCGACCGCGACGCAGAUCGUCCAGAGCUUUGAUGGGCCGUUCCCGUUCUCGAGCCACAUUGACUUUGUCGACGACAUGUGGACGGCGUAGACACCACUCGUGCAUUGAAAAAUGUUAUCAAAAUUGUUUUUUCUCUGCA